AUGAUAGCUCCGCAACAACCGCCCUUCGCCGCGCAGAGGGGUUUCACGGCAAUAACAGAACGGGUCUAUAUUCGCAAUGUAUGUGAUGAACCGUCCAGUCCACCGCUCGCUCAACAACAAGAACCCACGACGGUCGUGAUAUUCGGAUGGGGCGAUGCCGCGCUCAAACAUGUCUCGAAAUAUAGCGACGGCUACCACAAUAUUUUCCCCCGCGCCAGAAUCAUCGUCGUGCUAUCGCGUACCCUCCAGGCAGUAACGCAGAGACUGGAAUCCCGAAUCGAAGCUAUGAUGCCUGUGAUUGAUAUAGUAUUUCCAACUCCAUGUACCCUUCGGGGCAAAGCCAGCGCUGGUGCUGCUAAGGGUGAUGAUGGUAAUAAGAAUGCACCAGAGGAUAUAGAGCGAGAGCGAAUCCUACUCCACACAAUGUCCAAUACAGGCUCCAUUUUCCUCGCUGCCACGCUACUCGCGUAUCAGCGUCGCCGGGGUACCGAUCGAAAAUUCCCCGUUUCGUUGCUUGUGUGUGAUUCAACGCCUGGCAGUCUGGAUUUCGCAUCGCAGGUGGGCCGCUGGUCACGGGCCAUGGCCGUGGGGAUAUUGACAUCAAGAUACCUCCGGACGUGGCUGCCAUUUAUUACGAUUACUCAAGUCCAAGCCGUUACGUAUAUGGUAUUGUGGGCUAACUGGGCUUGGGAAAAACUCCGUGGAACUGAACCGUCAGGUAUAUGGGCCAACCGAGUUAUCAACAACCUUGCCAUCGUGCCCGUCGAGUCCCACAGGCUCUAUAUGUACUCGAAGGAAGACGAAAUAAUCUGGUGGGAGGACCUACUGCAAGCUGCUGCUCAGGCAAAAGCUCUAGGAUACAGGGCAGAUCUUGAGAUGUUUAAGGGAUCGCCACAUGUGGGACAUAUGAGACUGCACCCGGAGCGGUACUGGAAGAAGGUUCUAAGCGUUUGGGAGGGGCUCUUCUAG